CCCAACACAGAAAAUCCCUUCCUCCAAUUCCCUUUGCCGAUAUUUAUUGAACUCCUCUGCCUGAACUCUAAAGGAUUCCAUUGCCUCUUCCCUCCAGUUUGAAUAUAUAUUUAUAUAAUUUAACAACGAAACCCCAUUUCUUCUUUGGCCAAGUCAAGCUUGAAUGACCGUGCUUGUGUUCGUGUUCUCAUUGACUGGAUCGUUAGUUCUUCUAUGAAUUGACGCAAAGUUCAACAAGCUGCCCAGGGAGUACACAUCGGCAUCUUGCCUGGGGUCUGCAUACAUGAAGAUUCACUUGAAGUGCCAAGUAUUGAACUUUCGGUAUGUUCUGGAGUGCCGGCAAAUUGACCCCUUAUUUAAGAAGUUCUCAUCUUCGUCAAAUGGGCCUUCUUCUUCCGAUAUGUACGGAAAAGUUGUUCCAUCUGUGGAGGGGAGCAAUGAAGAUUAUUCUAGAAAUCUGGUUAGUCACAGACAAGUGGUGGAUGAUGUAUGCCGGGUUUUGGAGCCUGAUCCUUGGGGACCAGCUAUUGAGAAUGCACUCUCCAUGUUUGUUGAAAAGUCUCAACCAGAAAUAGUUGUUGCGGUAUUGAGAAGGUUAAAGGAUGUCAAGAAGGCAUUACACUAUUUUAGGUGGGUGGAGGGAAAAACUGAACAAGCACAUCAUCCUGAAGCAUACAAUUCACUUCUCAAGGUUGUGGCUAGGAGCAAAAACUUCGACUACUUUGAACAGAUUCUUGAAGAAAUGAGUAUUGCUGGAUUUGCACCAUCUAUUGAUGCUUGUGUGGAGUUGGUUGCUUCCUCUGUCAAAUCACGGAAACUGAGAGAAGCUUUUGGCAUCAUUGAAACAAUGAGGAAAUUCAAAUUUCGCCCUGCUUUUUCAGCUUACACAACACUGAUCGGUGCCCUCUCUGCAUCUCAUGCUAAUGAAUCUGAUCUUAUGCUCAGACUUUUUCGUCAGAUGCAAGAACUAGGUUAUGAAAUAAGUGUACAUCUGUUCACUACCCUUGUUCGUGUAUUUGCCAGGGAGGGCCUAGUUGAUGCCGCACUUUCCUUCUUGGAUGAGAUGAAGAGUAACUCAGUUAAUGCUGAUGUCGUUCUCUAUAAUGUUUGUAUAGAUUGUUUUGGCAAAGGUGGUAAGUUGGAUAUGGCCUGGAAAUUCUUCCAUGAAAUGAAAGCACAUGGGUUAAUGCCUGAUGAUGUGACAUAUACUAGCAUGAUAGGGGUUCUUUGCAAGGCUGGGAGGUUGGAUGAAGCUGUUGAGUUGUUUGAGCAAAUGGAUCUCAAUAGGAGUGUACCUUGUGUAUAUGCUUAUAAUACCAUGAUUAUGGGUUAUGGUUCAGCUGGAAAGUUUGAUGAAGCAUACAGUUUACUUGAGAGGCAAAAGAGAAAGGGAUGUAUUCCUAGUGUAAUUGCAUAUAAUUGUAUUCUUACUUGCCUAGGGAAAAAGGGUAAAAUAGAGGAAGCAUUGAGAGUCUAUGAAGAAAUGAAAAAGGACGCAUCACCCAAUCUUACAACCUACAAUAUUUUAGUUGACAUGCUUUGCAGAGCAGGAAAAGUUGAUUCUGUUCUGGAUAUUCAGGAUGCGAUGAAAAGAGCUGGUUUGUUCCCUAAUAUCAUUACUAUAAACAUAAUGAUUGAUCGACUGUGCAAAGCUCAAAGACUUGAUGAAGCUUGCUCCAUAUUCUUAGAAUUGGACCAUAAUGUUUGCACACCCGAUGCAGGUACGUUUUGUUCUCUUAUUGAUGGCUUGGGCAGAAAUGGCAGGGUGGAUGAUGCCUACAAGCUGUAUGAGCAGAUGUUAGAUUCUGGUCGGAUUCCAAACGUUGUUGUAUAUACUUCCCUGAUCAGGAAUUUUUUCCAAUGUAAUAGGAAAGAGGAUGCUCACAAAAUUUACAAAGAGAUGCUCCAUAGUGGCUGUUCUCCUGAUCUGGUGCUCCUAAAUACUUAUAUGGACUGUGUUUUCAAAUCUGGUGAGAUUGAGAAAGGGAGAGCUUUAUUUGAAGAAAUAAAGGCUCAAGGGUUAAUUCCUGAUGUUAGGAGCUAUUCAAUUUUUAUUCAUGGUCUUGUUAAAGCAGGUUUUGCAAAAGAAACUUAUAAGUUAUUUUAUGAGAUGAAGGAGCGAGGACUACAUUUGGAUACCCGUGCUUACAAUGCUGUUAUUGAUGGAUUCUGCAAGGCUGGAAAGGUAAAUAAAGCUUAUGAGCUGCUUGAGGAAAUGAAGACUAAGGGUUUCCAACCUACUGUUGUGACUUAUGGUUCUGUCAUCGAUGGACUUGCUAAGAUAGACAGGCUUGAUGAAGCAUACAUGUUGUUUGAAGAAGCAAAAUCAAAAGGUAUUGAUGUUAACAUAGUAAUCUAUAGUAGCUUGAUUGAUGGGUUUGGGAAGGUGGGAAGGAUUGAUGAAGCAUAUUUAAUUAUGGAGGAGUUAAUGCAGAAAGGCCUGACCCCUAGUAUAUUCACAUGGAAUUGCUUGCUUGAUGCAUUGGUAAGAGCUGAGGAAAUUGAUGAAGCUCUUGUCUGCUUUCAAUCCACUAAAGUUAUGAAAUGUGAUCCAGAUGUCGUAACUUACAGCAUUAUGAUAAAUGGUCUUUGCAAGGUUAGAAAAUUUAACAAGGCCUUUGUAUUCUGGCAAGAGAUGCAGAAAAAGGGGUUAAAGCCCAAUACCUUCACAUAUACCAACAUGAUUGCAGGGCUUGCAAAGGCUGGAAAUGUUUAUGAGGCUAAUGAUCUCUUUGGGAGAUUUAAGGCAGGUGGUGGCAUACCUGAUUCAGCUUGUUAUAAUGCUAUGAUAGAAGGCUUAAGCAAUGCCAAUAAAGCAAUAGAUGCAUAUGCACUUUUUGAAGAGACCCGCAUGAAAGGCUGUCGUAUAAAUAGCAAAACCUGUGUUGUUCUUUUAGAUGCAUUGCAUAAGGCUGAUUGCCUUGAGCAGGCGGCAAUUGUUGGUGCUGUCUUAAAGGAAAUGGCCAAAUCCCAACAUGCUACAAGAUUUAAUUGAGAACAGGAUGACAAUAUGUUAUUGGUCCUGGAAGAAUAAGAAGUCUUUCUUUUGGACCUAAAUAAAUGCUAUUUUCUGAGUAA